GGGGCGGGGCGCCGGGGGGAAGUGGCGUAAGGCGGCGCGGCCUGAGCAGUGCUCUCGGGACGCGAGCUGGCAUGUCGGCUCUGACGCGCCUGGCGCCUUUCGUUCGCGCUGGAGGCCGGUUGUUCAGAGGCCCCGGCUCGCGGGAGGCUGGAGGCAGUGGAGUUCGUCAUGCCGGUGGUGGUGUGCAUAUCGAGCCGCGGUAUAGACAAUUUCCCCAGCUCACCAAGUCCCAGGUGAUCCAGGCUGAGAUAUUCAGUGGGACCAUGUGGUUCUGGAUUCUCUGGCGUUUUUGGCAUGACUCAGAUGCUGUGUUGGGUCACUUUGCAUAUCCAGAUCCUUCCCAGUGGACAGAUGAAGAACUGGGUAUCCUCCCUGAUGAUGAAGACUGAGCUCUCUGCAAACAGGAGCCAGGUGGGAAUUUCAAGCGUUUAUGGACAUCAUAUUGUACAUGAAAGUUGUAAAAUUAAAGUGUUUGGGUCAACAGUAA